CCCGCCAUGGCUCUGCUAGCGCUGCUGCCCUUGGCCCUCCUGGCCGCCGCCGCCUCCUUCGUGGCCCCGCAGGGGUCUCAGCGGUCAUUUCUGCAGGUGAUUGUUCCUCAGAGGAACCCAGGUCACAUCACUGAAAAUAAGGAGAGGAUGGCAUUUGACAUGAACAUAGAAGGGGAAUCCUUCUCAAUUUAUCUGAAGCAACAAGCCUUUAUAUCCAAUUAUUUCAGAGUUUAUACAUACAACAAAGAUGAUACCCCAGUUUCAUUCGUCCCUUCCAAUCAGGUAAGAUUUCUCUGAGACGGGAAGUAAGUAUU